GCCCUUUUAAUUAUCUCCAACCAGUGCUUUAGACAUAGCUGUGCACAGCUCCUCUCUUCAGCUUUGUUUCAGCCUGGUGGGGCUGUUUCACCCCUGCAAAUGAACGCAGUGUGGGUCUCAUUUCAGCUGAGAAAUACCAGAUGAURUUGGUAUUUCACGUUAAGGUAAUUAACUGGUGUCUGAGGGAACUGCAGCUGAGGGCUUGGGAGGCUCCCAGGGGUCUCUCCCUGCUCUUCCAGAGCCGCUGUCUCCAGCAACCCUGUGAGGKUUUGGGACUCUGAGGAUCAGCUCUGUGGGAGCAGACCAGGCUGAUGUGACCCAUCUGAGCCUUAAAGAGUCCUCCGGGACUCAUUAGAGGUUUAAUAACUAAACUUGGCUGAUUUGAUUGAGAAGAUGCUUGUGCAGGCUUGGCUCAGUCUCAGAGAAACCAGCUCGUGCUGCUGGCAGGAGAAAGGGCUUUCUGCAUGUGUUUGUCAUAUGUGCCCAGAGAAAGUGAUAACUCACUUCCUCCUGCAGACUUCCAGGUGGGAAAACAGCUGGGGAUGGGGGAAAACAGACCUUGGUUCCCCUGAGCUUACACAGGGCAUGCAAAGAUGUAUUGUGGGUGAGUGCUAACAAGAAUUGUCCCCUCAAAGUUAGGGGAAUGUUUUCAUCUCUCUACCAAGAAAUUAAUUUCUGGCUGCUUAAGUCGGCUUCUAGAGGUGACUGCUGUCUCCUUGUGGACACACUGCUGCAAUUACUAAAUUAUUCAAGAAAUCCCUAAAAUAGGGUCUCCUGUAAAGGGUUAACUCUGCAAUAAUAUACAGCCAUGGGGCUGGGGCAAAUAUUCACCAUAAUGCAAUUUACUGAGUUAGAAUAAUAAAAAAAAGAGCACAGAAGCCGAGGUGUYAGCAUUGUUGGGGAUGUGUGGCGGGAGGCUGGACAAGAGCCAAAUUAUCUACUCCAGACUUGUCUUGCCUGCUCUACCAGGGAUAAUUAGCAGUGUAAAACUGCAGCCAGGUUCACUGCAGCAAAUUAGGCUGUGUUAACUGACCUGAAUUCGACUCACCUACCCAAAAAAAAGGUGCGUUUUGGUGAAGUUGCCAACUUAGGAGUGACAGAGAGAGACGGGAGAGACAAGGCGGGGAAGUGGGAGGUUGCCGCAGUUUGCGAGAGCUAAAUCUGGAUCAGCUUGUGAUCCCUGAAGUGUCUGAAGUUCCUUCUUUUCUAGGAAAAGCUUCACUGCUGCUGUUAUUACCAAGAAAGUUUUUAUAUUAAUAGAAGAAAUGACACACAUCUGUUAAUAAUGACUAAGCUCCGUCUUAGAGUUGUAAACAGUACUUAUUCCUGACUCCUCGAUACUUUGAAAGCAAAAAGGCUUGACACUAUUAAAAAACACUCAUAAAACGGAUCUCUAAUGAGAGCAUCGGGGCUAGUUCAUUCAGCUAGGAUGAACAGGAAGUUAAAAAAGCCUAAAUCAUCUCUGUGCACCAAUUGAUGCAGCUCGAUGUUUUUCUAACCCCAGAGAUCCWCAAGGUCUUGCAUGUUAGGCUUGCAGCUUUAAAUGUUUUCUGCCAGCGACUGAAAUGAGUGUACCCCCACAGUAGGUCCCAUUAAAUUAACCCUAAACUGGCCAGUUCAAGGCAUCAAAGUCAAAUUUGGAAAUCAUCCUGAGGUGUGGCUGGAAUGCAACACGUAAUGCCUGUGUUGCCUUGCAGAAGAAGCAGAAAAACCUCAGAGUGUCWCUCAGGAGCUGUACCGAUGACAGAGGUGAUACCAAGGGUGUUCUGUGCACCCGUGGUUUGGCUGRCACUUCCUGCAGAUGAGGAGAACAAAUUCAACAGCWCUUGACAGGUUACUGGAAAAAAAUWUURUCCAGAAAAGAAGAUCCUCAAAUCCUUAACUCCUUGCCUUACAGGUGAGCCUUGAGGACACUUGUAGCUCCUGAAUGUGUGAACUUCACCUGUGAUUAGAAGGAAACCAUGGGGAAGAACAAGAAAGAAGAGGCCAUCUUCCUGAGGAAAAAGAUAACUUUGCUGCGGGCUUUCUCACUGCUCAUCGGCAGCAUGGUUGGCAGUGGCAUCUUUAUUUCCCCCAAAGGAGUACUGAAAAACUCKGGCAGCGUGGGCUUCUCCCUGGUCGUCUGGUUCUCCUGUGGGCUCCUCUCCAUGUUUGGUGCCUUGUGUUAUGCUGAGCUUGGAACAAGAAUCACYAAGUCUGGAGGACAUUAUAUCUACAUUUUGGAGACACUAGGGCCUCUGCCAAGCUUCUUAUUCCUGUGGGCUGAGUUUUUUGCUAUCAGACCUGCCAACAGUGCUGUGGUUUCCUUGGCAUUYGGACGCUACAUGCUGGAGCCGUUUUUUGCCCCCUGUGCUGCCCCUGUCCCUGCAGUGAAGCUUGUGUCUCUCCUGGGCUACUACACAGUCCUCACCCUCAACUCCUGGAGUGUCACCUGGAGUGCACGGCUGCAGACGGCUCUCUCCGUUAUCAAACUCCUGGCUCUUGCCCUCAUCAUCGUGCCAGGGAUGAUGCUGCUGGCCCAGGGCCACACCGCCAACUUCCAGGACGCUUUUGACAGACAAUCUCUGGUCGUGGAUAAGCUUCCCCUGGCUUUCUAUGCAGGCAUGUUCGCCUACUCAGGCUGGUUUCAGACCAGCUUUGUGCGUGAAGAGUUGGUCAAACCUGAACGAAAUAUCCCCCUGGCUGUCAUCGUGUCUGUGAUUACGGUAAUUGUGGGUUACAUGCUCACCAACGUCUCCUAUUACACAGUUCUGGGAACACAAGAUGUUCUGGCUUCUCCUGCUGUGGCUGUGAGCUUUGUGCAGCGAGCCUUCAAAAGCCUGAUCUCCGUGGUCCCUGUCCUUGUUGCACUGUCCUGCUUUGGAACCAUGAAUGGAGGAAUCUUCACAUUUUCCAGGACUCUGUUUGUGGCCUCCAGGGAAGGGCAGUGGCCUCCUCUCUUCUCCAUGAUCCACAUCCGAAGGCAUACACCCCUUCCUGCUGUCAUGUUAAUGUUCCCUUUGGUCACUGCCAUGGUCUGCAUUGGAGACAUUUACCACCUCCUGAACUUCUUCAGCUUUUCCCGAUGGCUCUUCAUAGGAUUGGCCACCCUCGGGCUCAUCGUCCAUCGUCUCCGUCACCCGGAGSUGCACAGCCCCUUCAAGGUUCCCCUGUUUGUUCCURUCUCUUUUACCAUCAUCUGCCUCUUCACAGUGGCAAUGUCUUUCUACUCAGACCCUGUGAACAUUAGCAUUGGAUGCACCAUGGUUUUGAGUGGCUUUCCAGUCUACUACCUCAUAAUUCACAGGCAGAUGUCAGACCGCUGCCGUAACCUUUUUUAUUAUCUUACACACAAGCUACAGUUACUGCUGGAAGUUGUCCAACAAGAAAUCAAGACUUACUGAGAAAACCAUCAGAACUCACAGAAGACAAUAAAACUGACUUACUCCAUUUUUGACACCUUUGAUUCUACCAAAAGCAGGCCAUGCUUUUAUUCUUUUUAGUCAGUGCAAAUGAAGAUGACUGAGCCAAAACCUUGCUGCAAGUGUUCCUAAGCUUGCCAGUUGGGAUCUGUUCCUGCCCUUUUUCCUUUUUCAGAAGAGCAAACUAAUUCUCUGACACAAGCUUGCUUUGCCUUGCAGAGUGUCUUUGAAACCAAGAUCUUGAUUUUGCAUCCUUGCCCAGUCCUGAGUAAAAUUGAGUGUGUGUGUGUGUGUGUGUGUGUGUGGCAGAGACUAUAUUUUGUUUUCCUAACUUGGCAAAUAGAGGAAGGGGGCAUGUUGCAGAACUUAGAAUCCAAUACAUGGAAGCCAAAUGCAAGUUUUAAACUUUCUGUAGUGGCCUGUCUGUGGACAAGGGGAAGGGUUGGGGAGAGCAAAUUAGAGAUGAGGCAGAUGAAUCAGAAAGAAGAAGGCAGGGGGAUAAAAUCUGAUUCAUCAGAAAGUGCAGAUUCAGCUAAUGAGAAGAUAUUUGAAAUUCAAGUAUUAACGAGGUAAGGUCAGAAUGUUUUGCUUGGAUUUUUGUAUAAGCAGAAUGAGGUUUUUUAGCUUUGAAAUAAUCUUUCAACUUUGAAUUUUACCUUUCUUAAAUGACAUUUUUUAAUGUACAAAUGAUUUUUUWAAAAAAUCAGYUACAUACCAACUAGAAAAUGACAGAAUAGAUCCUGGUCCCKCUCCCAACUUCCCACACGCACUCCUCACCAGUGAAGUUGAAAACUCAGAAUUUGGCCCAACUCCAGUGAAAUACAAUUCCUCCUUUAAUUAGACAGGACCAUGGAUGAGACUUKGGCACAUUCCUGAAUAAGUGCAUCUUUUGGUGCUGUAUGAAGACAUGAGUGACUUCAUGUCCAAGCUUUAACUUGCUGAUUGCACAUGACUUGCUGAUUCAAUCCAUAAAUGCUCAUUUGAACUAAUGGCCUAAGAAAGGUUUCCUUUAUUGGAUUACUUUGGUUUACAUUAUUAAUGUGGCAAUGUUAUGUCCAGAUAAAACAGCAAUUAGUUAUUUACAAUCAUGUAAUUGUUAAUCAGUUCCUAAAAGAUGGGAAAGUAGCAUGCUGAGCUUCUCUAAUAACUGCUGGAAAGAGGAGCAGCAGAACUUGGAGCAUUUUUAAAUCCUGGUGUAUCAAACAUUUAYGUACUUAAAAUAAAAACAAAGUACCAUUUACAAAUCCAAUGUAAACUACUGAAAUGUGUAAAAUUUUGGAGCUAAAGUUGGGGUUUUUUUCAAAGCAAUUGAGAAUUAUGAGUCUUGUAAUGACUGUUUCAUAUUCCUCUGCUGAAUUAAAUUGGGACAGCAGCAGUGUGGCUGCAGGGCUUGUUCCCCCCUUACUUUCCCAUAAUUUAAUUUACAAACUGCUGGACAUUGUCCACCAGGAAACACAGUCCCACUGGGAAAAUCCUCACUGGGGAAACCAUCACAACCCACAGGAGAAGAUUCUGGGUUUAAGUGAUAGAAUGAUUUCAAAUAAGGUCUGGAAAUGCUUCCAGGCUCCCAGGAAAGAGCCAGUCCCUCCUUGGGCCAGGUUUUACUGAAGCUAAACCCCCUGGCACAACUUCCCACAGCACCUCUCUGUCAGGACCCAGAGUGGGUGUCUGGGGAACCAACCUGAAGAGGACCUUGCAGCACCAGGUAAGCCCAUCACCCCAAAAUUUCCUGAGCCCACCCACAGUGUGCACAUGCUGUAGCAUCAUGACUCCCACAGCACACCUUGGAGAGCAGUCUGAAAUGGCAACAGAGCUGCUGUGUCACAAAGGCACAGAGGAGGGGUGAAAUGUCCCUUCUUUGUCUGUUCCUUCUGAAGAGAAACAAUGCCAGAGUGAUUUUUGCCUUUUUUUCUCCAAUAAAGGCCUGCUUUUAUGUUA